CUCCCCUUCGCCUUGUGCGGGGGGGAGGGAGUUUGUCUCAGCCACCCUGGACAUGAGGCCCUAGAAGUGGCCUGAUUGGCCAAUUUGCAAAAGGGGGCGUGGUUCCGGCUGCAGCACGGUCAAUCCACGCCUCUACUCUUCAGUUCUUUUCAGGAUCUGCAUGAGGAAGGAGCUCUUUACUUGGGCUCCUUCCACUUAGGCCUGGGGAGGGUUCGCCCAGGAGCGGGCGUGGCAGUUCUCCAGCGGGUUCCUUCAGGUCCCGCUGUGCAGGGCAUUAGGUAGACAAGUCUCCAGGCUUUGCAGAAUACCAGCGGGGCUCUGUGGCCUGUGGGCCCGAUCGCAGCCUUCUCCAGCGUCCCGUUCCAGCAUCUGCAUCACGACAGGGCUUUGGCCCUUUGGUUUGUUGCAGGCCCGGGAGGGCCGUGGGGUGGGGCUUUUUGCAAGUUUUUCUACAGCUUUCUUUACUCUCCUGAUCUUUGGAAGGGGUUUCUGGCUGCUUUGGGGGGCCUUGUUGUGAGGGGUUGUUGCUGGGCUUUCGAGUUGGCUUCUGGGGGUUUUUUCUUGAGCUUUGGUAUUCCCUGGGGGUGGCUAAGGUUUUUUCCCUUCGUGCAAACCUCUCCCACAUCCAUAGGGUUGCUCUGUAGAGCAAGAAUUGGGGGUUGGCUUCUCCUUCUAAUAUUGAUUGAGGGCUUGUGGGUGUUUUCACGAUGCCCAGGAAAGCUAAGGAGAAAAAGGGUGGGAAGCCUGUUAGGCAGCCCAAAGCCCCCCCCCCCCUCUUCCUCGGAUGAGGAUGAUGAAGAAAUGGCCCUUAUUAGGGGCUUGAUUGGUAGGAUGGAGGCCUUGGAGAAGUCUCGCAGCGCUCCUUCUGAUAAGGGUGCUGGUCCUUCUGGCGGGGUGGUGGUGUCCCUCCUCCCAAGGUGCCUCGCAGGACCAGGGGGGCUGCCCGGAAUCAGCUUUUAAAAUCACUCUCUAGUAGGUUGAAGGCGUUGGAAAGGGGGGGGGGCCCAGCCGGCCCGGCUCCUCCCUCAGGUCCGCAAGAUCCAUCCAUGCCUGAUGACCUGGUUCCUGGAAGGCCUGCUCCUGUGGCUCCAUUGCCGUCGCCUGAGGACCCGGCUCCUGUGUUGCCUGCUCCGUCGCUUCCACUGCCUGCUGCACCGGUUGAACCUCCGCCUGUGGACCCUCGAGUACCGGUGGCCCCGGAUUUGGUUGCCGCAGUGCUGCAGCAACUUGAGGCCUGCUGUGCUAACCAGUGGGAGGUAACUCUUUUUCGGGCGGCUGUUUUAGUCGCCUUUUUCGGCGCCUUUCGUCCAGGUGAGUUGCUACCAUGGAACAGGGGCUCCCCGAGGGACCGUUGUUUGCAAUUUUCUGAUUUGUCACUCAGUGACGGGGUGGCACAGCUUUUUCUACGCCGUUCUAAGACGGAUCAACACGGUAAAGGGCAGUUGGUGCGCUUGGCGGCUGCCUCUGACCCUGGCAUUUGCCCGGUGAUCGCCUUGCGGCACUACGCGGCCCUCGGGCCUGCCUCAGCAGGGUGCCUGUUUGUCCACGCGGAUCAGGCACCUCUUACCCAAUACCAGUUCCUGGCAGUGGUAAGAAGGGCAUUGGUUGCGGCUGGGGUGCCGCCUGAAGGGCUCACAUUACACUCCUUCAGGAUUGGGGCGGCUACUACAGCUUCCCGGUUGGGCCUACAAGAGGCCGUGGUACGGCAGAUCGGCCGGUGGAAGUCCGUGGCGGUCAGGCGUUAUGUGCACUGACAGCGGACUAUAUUAUCUGGAUUGAUCGAAUUUUCUUUUUGGCAGGUGCUGGUGGGGCAGCGGCUCCUGUACGGGUCCUGAUCUAUGGCCAUUCGUUGGUCUUUUGGGCCUUCAAGCAGACCAGCACCUCCCACUGGGGUUCACAGCUGGGGUUUGGACGAAGAGCCCUGGUGUAUUGGUUGGUCAUGCGGGGCAUGCUGUGGAGUCAGCUGCUCCCGGCCAUUAAGGAUCACUUAGCUAGAUUCCCUGUGCCCACCGUUCUUGUCCUUCACUUGGGUGAGAAUGACUUAGGCAGGCGGACUGGCCUGUCCAUGGUGCAGCAAGCCGCCUCCAAUUUGACCGUACUGCGCAGGUGGAUGCCCGGGGUUCUUAUCCUCUGGAUCAGUUGGCUUCAGCGCAGGGUUUGGCGCGCUGCGUUUAACGGGUUUAAGUUAGAAAAGGCCCGGCGCAAGGUUUCGGCUGCCAUAGGUAAGUUAGUUUUGGCGGCUGGGGGGGACAUCAUUAGGCAACCUGAUUUAGCAGCUCGCUUCCACGAGCUAUAUCGCCCGGAUGGUGUUCACCUUUCCGAGGCUGGGUGCGAUUUGUAUUUACGCAAUAUUCGGAAUGGGCUUGCUGCACUGUUGGAUGGCAUGGGGCAGGGAGGCCAAGCAAGGGCUGACCUCCCUGGGUGGCAGUAACAGUGCGGGCUAAGGGGUAAGUGGUUGGUUAGAGUAUGGUGAGCACCCUUGGAUAUUGUAAGGUGGAAUGGUCAAUCGCUCCUUUGUAGCCUGUGCGGCACGGGGAGAAAUUGAUUGCCAGGAAACCUGCUUAAGGAUUUCAUCAACCUUUGGGCUGUGCGGUCCGGGGUGGGUGAAGACCUUGAGCUGUCCAGAUCCCCUCUUCUCUGGAGGGCGGUUGGCUUUGAAGGAGACAGGUGGGGUAUACCCGCUUGUUUCCUGAGCCAGGGUGUGUCGCCCGUGUCAGGUGGUGAAUAGGAUGGUAGCAUCCUAGCUCACGCCUAGGGGCCCGCACUGUUCUAUGUUGGUGAUUAAUCACCUGGUUUACAGUCCGCCUAUGCCUAUUUGUUUAUUAAUAAACGUGGCCCGUUUCAUCCAUUUAACGUCUCUGUGUCUUCUUGGGCCGGGGUCUGGGGACAAUUCCCCUCCCCUUCGCCUUGUGCGGGGGGGAGGGAGUUUGUCUCAGCCACCCUGGACAUGAGGCCCUAGAAGUGGCCUGAUUGGCCAAUUUGCAAAAGGGGGCGUGGUUCCGGCUGCAGCACGGUCAAUCCACGCCUCUACUCUUCAGUUCUUUUCAGGAUCUCCCUCCCUCCCUCCCUGAUGCAGAGCGGGUUCAGUGACUGGUCGCUUCGGGGCCGAGUAGGAAUUUUUUGCUCCCAACGUAUUGGCCUUUGUUGGGGUUUUUUUCGCCUACUCCGUUCUGUACUCAGUUGUUAGUUAGUUUUAGGUUGGCCACGUGGGCAGUAACAGUGCGGGCUAAGGGGUAAGUGGUUGGUUAGAGUAUGGUGAGCACCCUUGGAUAUUGUAAGGUGGAAUGGUCAAUCGCUCCUUUGUAGCCUGUGCGGCACGGGGAGAAAUUGAUUGCCAGGAAACCUGCUUAAGGAUUUCAUCAACCUUUGGGCUGUGCGGUCCGGGGUGGGUGAAGACCUUGAGCUGUCCAGAUCCCCUCUUCUCUGGAGGGCGGUUGGCUUUGAAGGAGACAGGUGGGGUAUACCCGCUUGUUUCCUGAGCCAGGGUGUGUCGCCCGUGUCAGGUGGUGAAUAGGAUGGUAGCAUCCUAGCUCACGCCUAGGGGCCCGCACUGUUCUAUGUUGGUGAUUAAUCACCUGGUUUACAGUCCGCCUAUGCCUAUUUGUUUAUUAAUAAACGUGGCCCGUUUCAUCCAUUUAACGUCUCUGUGUCUUCUUGGGCCGGGGUCUGGGGACAAUUCCCCUCCCCUUCGCCUUGUGCGGGGGGGAGGGAGUUUGUCUCAGCCACCCUGGACAUGAGGCCCUAGAAGUGGCCUGAUUGGCCAAUUUGCAAAAGGGGGCGUGGUUCCGGCUGCAGCACGGUCAAUCCACGCCUCUACUCUUCAGUUCUUUUCAGGAUCUCCCUCCCUCCCUCCCUGAUGCAGAGCGGGUUCAGUGACUGGUCGCUUCGGGGCCGAGUAGGAAUUUUUUGCUCCCAACGUAUUGGCCUUUGUUGGGGUUUUUUUCGCCUACUCCGUUCUGUACUCAGUUGUUAGUUAGUUUUAGGUUGGCCACGUGGGCAGUAACAGUGCGGGCUAAGGGGUAAGUGGUUGGUUAGAGUAUGGUGAGCACCCUUGGAUAUUGUAAGGUGGAAUGGUCAAUCGCUCCUUUGUAGCCUGUGCGGCACGGGGAGAAAUUGAUUGCCAGGAAACCUGCUUAAGGAUUUUAUCAACCUUUGGGCUGUGCGGUCCGGGGUGGGUGAAGACCUUGAGCUGUCCAGAUCCCCUCUUCUCUGGAGGGCGGUUGGCUUUGAAGGAGACAGGUGGGGUAUACCCGCUUGUUUCCUGAGCCAGGGUGUGUCGCCCGUGUCAGGUGGUGAAUAGGAUGGUAGCAUCCUAGCUCACGCCUAUGGGCCCGCACUGUUCUAUGUUGGUGAUUAAUCACCUGGUUUACAGUCCGCCUAUGCCUAUUUGUUUAUUAAUAAACGUGGCCCGUUUCAUCCA